AUGGUGUUCAGUAAGGGUUCUUGGGGCCGGAAAUUACUCUGCGCGACUGGAGCUGUUGGCGCUUUGGGAUUUGGUGGGGCUUACUUUACAUAUCAACGACGACUGAAGGAGAACCGCAGCUGCACCGCGGAGGAGUUCAACGCGAGGCAAAAUCAGGAAGAACUUCAAUGGGCACUUUCUCACUUAAAAAAUCCAAAGGAGCAUCCACAGGUUCUUUUAUAUAGAUAUUCCACAUGCCCUUUCUGUGGAACUACAAAGGCUUUUCUGGAUUAUAAUAAGGUACCCUAUGAGUGUGUGGAGGUUGAGCCUAUGUUUAAAAAGGAAAUUUCUGUGAGCGCCUACAAGAAAGUACCCCAACUACAAUUUAACGUUCAUGGACACAAUGGUCCAUAUCUUGUGGAUUCUGAGAUAAUUGUCAGCACUCUUGCAAAGUAUUUGGGAAUGGAAAAACAGUUAAACGAUCCUGAGAUUGCACAGUGGCGUGAAUGGGCUCGAGGACCGAUGGUUCGACUUUUGACUCUUGAAUUCAAUUCAUCUCUUUAUAAGGCUUGGUGUGGAUACUCAUAUAUAGAUAAUGUUGACACUAUUCCAUAUAGUAAUAAAAUGUUUUUGAAAGUGGUGGGAGCCCCUGUAAUGUACCUUGUGGCCCAAUAUGUUACCAAACCUCGUCUUAUUAAAAGCGGUCAUCUUCUUCCUGGUGAUGAUUCAAGAAAGAGGUUUCAUGAUGAACUAAAUACAUAUUUUGAAAAAGCUCUAUUAAAUGGUAAAAAGGAAUUUCAUGGAGGGUCUAAACCAGAUCUUGCCGAUUUGGACACAUAUGGUGUGCUUCAAUCGGUAAGAGGCCAUCGCAUGUAUGAUGACGUUAUUCAUUCAACUUUAAUAAAAUCAUGGUUAGAGAGAAUGGAUGAGCAGGUUGGUGCCAAACAUUAUGAGGCUUCUUAA